AAUUUAAAUCCUACUCCCCCAAUCCUCUUACUGAGAAAAUUCCUACCCCUUUGUUCUCUUCCCAGAACAUUAUAUCAAGUUAUCGACAACUGCAUUACGCCAUCGCUUCUGCUACUGAUUCUUUCUCAAAAAUCCAAACAUGAAAAGAAUUGAUCUUUUCUGUGCUUCUUCUUCUUCCACAGCUAUCUGCUCUAGCCUAGACCAUCGUUACAUGGUCCGCAGAGGCACCACUACACCUAUUGAUCACCAGAAAUCCAAGCCUUAUUCUCCUUGUUCGUCUCAUCAUUUACCCUUUAAUCCAAAACCUUACCAUGAGAAGAGCAGAAAGAGUUCUGCGAAUAAGCAAGGCGAUUUUCGCAGGAAAAGAUCUGAUGAUAAUGGUAGGGAGAGUAGUGGGAUUACUACUUGUGCUAAGCAAAUUAGUGAUUUAAGUAGAAAAAGCUCUGCUGAUAUAAGUGAUCGCCAAAGUCCAAGAGGAUCCUCCUCUAGGUAUCUUCUGAGUGAUGAUGAAGUACCCUAUAUUGAUUGGAUUUCUCAGUCUGAUCAUGCCUCCACAUUGGUCCCUGGUUCCAAGCCUAGCCACAAAGGCUCAAAUAAUGCUCCUGCUCUUCCUCGAAGGUCUUCUUCGCUAGCUAAUUACUCUCGUGAUUGGAUUUUGGAGUCUCAUCAAAUUACAAAGUCUAGGCAUUCCAGCUCUAUCGAUCAUUCUCCUGCUUUAAAAUCUUCUUCCUCAGCUUGUUCCCAUGACCAGGUUGUGGUUUUGUGGGUGUCAAUCGAUUGCAAGGGCUGUGAAAGAAAAGUGAGAAAGCAUAUUUCCAAAAUGGAAGGAGUAACAUCAUUCAGCAUAGAUUUGGCUACAAAGAAAGUUACUGUCAUAGGAAAUGUGACCCCAUUAGGUGUUCUUGCUAGUGUGUCCAAGGUGAAGAAUGCACAGCUUUGGCCAUGUCCGGCAACAUCGUCAACUCCAUCCUCCAUCCCCUCCUCCAGAUGGUCGACCUGAGCUGUGUAUGGACAGAGCUAGCUAGGGUUUUUAUCUUCUUCUCAACUUGU